UUUUAUGCACAUGCAAACGCCCGUUGCCUUCAAUCCGAGCGGCCUAUUACUGCGUAAAUCAACGCCCAAAUCUCCCUAACACCAAGAAUGGGAUCGACGACCCAACUCCGCCACCUCCGCCGCUGCCGCCGACUCUCCUCCUUCUCCCCUCCCUCCUCCCCGCUCCGAAACCCUAAUCCCCCUCUCUCCCCCUUCCUCCCCCGCUUCGCCUCCAACCCCUUUCCCCAACCUUUCCAUGGCGGAAUCCCCUCCCGAUCCUUCUCCCGCCCCUCCUGGCCCGGACCAUCCGACGACUCCCGCGGCGGAGAUGCCUACAUCAGCUCCGAUCCCGAAGUGGAGCUCGGUGCGAUUCUUGGCUCCGAGGAUGGAAGGGAGGUUUCGAGUGUGGGGGGGACGAUCGUAGAGGGAGUUGCUGGAGAUGGAGAGAGCUUGUGGGAUUACCCGGUCGGCGCAGUAGUUGCCCUUCUUGAUGGGUACCAUGAUCUCACUGGUCUUCCAUGGUGGGUCAUAAUUUCCACAUCAACACUGGCCCUUAGGUUCUCCCUUCUUCCAGUUCUUAUAUUGCAGCUUAAGAAGGCUGGGAAAAUUGCUGAACUUCUUCCUAAAUUGCCCCCUCCAUUGCCUCCACCCUUAUCGGGAAGGAGCUUUCGGGAACAAUAUCUGUUUUUUCAACAGAAAAGACGAGAACUUGGCUGUCCCUCUUUUUUGUGGAAUUUUGCAUUCUUUACAGUUCAGUUUCCUUGCUUUUUGUUGUGGAUGACCAGCAUUCGGAGUAUGUGUUUGAGUAAUCAUCCUGGUUUUGACUUGGGAGGCACACUGUGGUUCCAAAACUUGACUGAUUUUCCCCACGGUGUUUUAGGUUCCACUUUCCCUAUUCUAAUUGCCAGCUUGCAUUAUAUCAAUGUUCAGAUUUCUUUCCAGACUGUUCAGCUUGCAAACCUGCGUGGAAUGUUAGGCUUAUUGGCAAAAUAUUACAAAUUAUAUCUGGAUAUUCUGGCAAUUCCUUUACUUCUUGUCGGAUUUUGUAUUCCUCAGGGGAGUUUAGUCUAUUGGACCACUAACAGCUUAUUCACUUUAUUUCAGCAAUUGUCCCUCAAAAAUACAUAUGUUCGUGCGGAAUUAGGAUUGCCGGCUUUGAAAGUUCUCGAGAAGAAAACAAUCGCUCCAGAGAACAUACCACCUGAGAGCUGCAGCAGCAUAGACAUUGAACUCUCUGUAGAAUCUCUCCCCCCUGAGAAGCUCCUUGAGCUUGCUCUCCAAGAGCUGGCUGCAGGGAAUCAAGAUAGAGCACUUCCAUUGCUGCGAAUUGCUACUGAGAAGGAUCCUGACCUGGUUAGAGCAUUGAUUGCUAUGGGGCAGACUUUGUGUUCAAAAGGAUCAUUUGUUGAAUCAGCUGAAUAUUUUGAGCGUGCAAUUCCAAAGAUUGAAGAGGAGGAUGCUCUUCUUGUGCUUGCAUGUUUUGGAGCAGGCGUUUCACAUAUAUUGCAGGGAAAUAAACAAGAAGGGAUCAAACACCUGAAGAGAAUAGCAGAAUUGAGGGAACCCGAUGAACCGAUGGACAAAGCAUGCUACCAUAAGGGAUUGGUGAUGUUGGGGAGUACCCUGUUUCAAGAGGGAGAGAAGGCUGAAGCUGUGAAGUACCUCCGCAUUGCUGCAACAUAUGAUCCGGCAGUUAAUGCCUACGUAAAAGAAUGUGAAGAUGCAAUGGAAGUUACCAACCAAAGUACCGGAUGAAUUAUUCUUCGCAACCAUUCACAGGCUCAUAGACUAGCAUGUAGUACGAGGAGAGUGUGCUUUUUCGACUUGACAUAAUUAUAGAAAUGGUAAUUACUGAUGUUGAGCUUCCGCUGCGCAGAACGCGGGUAAAAGGAGAAGAACAAGGGGGGAUCAAAUGAAUGAGUUGUUACCGCCCGAAAACAUUUUUGGUGGCACUCCUCGGAGCUGCUUCUCUCGGCUCUUGUAAUAAUGUAAUUUAUCUCUGUUUCUCAGAUCAUUUGAUAAGUUUUUUUUUUUUUACCCAAUUUAGUGAAUUUCUAUUGUUUUGAGAUAAUACAAUAAAACUCAUGACCUUGUGUCGGUGUGCAUAUUA